UGGCCGUCCUAUUCGGGGUGGAAAUGGGAGGGAAGAGUAUAAGACCAGACUCACUCGCUCGCUGCUGUAGCUCCUGUUCCAAUGACAACACAUACGGUUUCAUUCUCUCUACUCCUUCUUUUGACCAUCGUAUUGACAAAGGCAUCAUCGCCAUGGCAGGCAACGACCAUGAUACUCUAGAACCAGGCCCAACUGCCAACGCCAAACCCCACGCCGACGAGAUUGAAUUCACCGACCCACCACCCCAGUCCACCGCCAACGACGACGAGGACCCCGCAGACUUCGUCGUCGACCUACUGCUGAUUGCCAACGUCCUUGCGCUGUCUCUCGCCGUCACCGCCGGCGCCUGGUCGCAGCAGGUGCCCGCCGCGUCCAUCGCGUUCAUCGUCCAGCGAUUCCCCGAAGGCGCCGGGAGUAGCGCGUGGAUCGCCGCCGCGUCGUCCGUCGUGGCGGCCGUCGUCUCCUCGUUCAUCGGCGACAUGUCGGACAUCUUCGGGCGGCGCAUGUUCCUCCUCGUUGGCUGCGCCUGCGGCUUUGCUGGCAUGCUGGUCGCCGGCACCGCGGACAGGACGACCACCAUCAUCGGGGGCCAGGUGCUGAAUGGACUUGCGACGGCAACCAACCUGCUCGCCUCCCCGCUGGUGCAGGAGAUUGUGCCGAAAAGGCACCGCGCGAAUGCGAUGGCGUGCGCGACCUUGAUGAGCUCGGUUGCGUUCAUCGGCGGGCCCUUCAUACAGGGGGCAUGCAUGCAACAGCGGGUCGGGGGUGAGUUGGAUGGCUGGCGCGUGGGCUUCUACAUCGGCGCGGGAAUCUGGGCGCUCACGGGGGUGUCCCUCCUGGCCUUUUACCGUCCCAUGCCGCGUCCCAACCCCGGCGGGCUCUCGGUUGCGCGCCGCAUUCGGGAGCUGGACUGGCCCGGCAUCUUGCUCGUCUCCGCGGGCGUGACACUCUUCCUUGUCGGGCUGCAGUACGGCGACAACCCGCACCCCUGGACCUCGCCCAUCGUCCUCGGCCCCCUCGUCUCCGGCGGCGUCCUCUGCAGCCUCUUCUGCCUCUGGGAAUGGAAGGGCACAGCCACGGGCAUCAUCCCGCACGCGCUCUUCCACGACAAGAACUACGCCAUCGCCAUCUGCGUGCGCGCCCUCGGCGGAAUGGGCCUCAUCGGCGGGCAGGCGUAUCUCCCGCAAGUCGCCGUGAACGUCUUCGGCACAGGCGGGCUCGAGACAUCGGUCUGGCAACUCCCACUUUCUAUCAGUUCCGUCGCCGGCGCGUUCCUCGGCGCGGUACUAAUCAAGUUAUUCCGCGAGGCGCGCUGGAUCAUCCCCGGGCUGCUCCUCUCCAUAGUCCUGGGCGCGGGCCUGAUGCUCCUCAUCGAGCCGGGCGUCAGCUUCGCAGCCUGGUUCUUCGGUUCGAUACUCAUGGGCUUACCCAUAGGCGCCGAAGCCAUCCUCCUCAGCGUGCUGUCGGGGUUUUUCGUUCCGAACGAGCUCAUCGCCACGGGCGUCUGCGUCACCAACACCGCGACGCUCGUCGGCGGCGCAGUCGCCGUCAUCAUCUACGGGACCGUCUUCAACAGCAAGAUCAAGACUCUCCUCCCUAACCGCGUGUCCACGGAUGUGCUAGAAGCCGGCCUACCGCAGUCCAGCCUCGUCAGCUUCCUGCAGGUCUACCUCGCUGGGCCCCAGGCCGCCGCCGGUCUCGCCGACAUCCCCGGCGUGACACCGCGCGUCCUGGAUGCUGCGCAGGGCGCUGCGCGCGGCGCCUACGCGGAUAGCUACCACUAUAUCUGGUACGUGCUGAUUGCGUUGAGCGGGGCGUGUACGCUGCUAGCGCUGCGGUUCGGGUCCACCAGGCACCACUUGACGGAUGAGGUGACGGCGCCGAUUCGGAGGCGGGAUGGUCCACGUCGUGAGGGUGUGGAGGAGAAGGCGUAGACGGUGUAGGAGCGGUGGCGGGCGGUUCUGUACUGGUUGUUAGUGGCUGGUUGCUGGUUGCUGUGGGACAGACGCUAUACCGGGUCGGGUCGGGGCAGGGGACUGUGGACGGGACCGUUAGUGGUGCCUACAGGUGCCGGGUAUUGUCUUGUGCUAGGCCGAACUUCCUCUUCAUCUAUCGAUAUCUGUGGACUCUGGGAGCCUGGGGGGGCACCGGAAGCACUCGUCUGUGGAGUCAAGUGACUCGAACUCGGCACAGUAACAUUAGCUUAGGUCAUUAGCUGUUUAGAAACCAAGUGGUUCUGCCUCAGUCCCCUUUGGAGGUGCCCGAGUCUCCCGCUGUGACACCAGUAGUCACACAGAGGCUCUAUACUAAUACAUUCCUG